AUGGCUAUCUCACCCUUAACUAUCCUGUUACUGUUACAUAUUCCAUUUGUUUACGCCUCACUGCCAAGCCUCAAUGGCACCAGCAUCUCUGCACUCGAUGCUAGCGAGUCCCCAUCCUACGGUAAUACCAGAACCUUGUGGGACAUCAUCUGGAGUUGCGCUGCAACUCUAUUCGCAUGCACAUGGACUGCCAUCCACCCAAACAUCCCGGGUAUGGAGGAGGGGAAAUGGACUGUUUUCUCUCGUCGCCUAGGCAUCAUGAUCAUGGCGCUGAUUCUCCCCGAACUCAUGAUCACCUGGGCCACAUUGCAGUUUCGGAAUGCUCGUGACACUGCAAAGAACUUCAAUGAUGCCUUUGGUGCCCAACUUCACCGGGCCUGCGGCGACGAUCUCGAUAUAGAAGAGAGCACUUUAUCUCUUAGUAACAUUCCACAAUCAGGUGGUCGGAGGGAUAGUCCACACCUGAGCGCUGCCCAUGCUGCAGGUCGCAAUGGAGGAUGGACAACGACGCAUGGAUUUUUCGCAUGGAUGGGUGGAUUCAUGCUCUAUGUUAAUGGGAAGCCGCGAGCCACUCUUCGACCUGACGAACUUUGGCGCUUGGUUCAUAAGGAAUCCGUGGACGUACCCAUAAUCGUGGAGGCAGACAUAGAAGAUCGAAGCAAGGGCGAUGCACUAUCCAAAGGCAUUGCCAUUCUCCAGCUUGCGUGGUUUGUUCUCCAGCUUGUCGCCCGUUAUGUCCAGAACCUUCCGAUGACACUGCUUGAAAUUGACACGCUGGCUGUAGCCGCCCUGACCAGCAUUUCUUAUGGAUUUUGGUGGAAAAAGCCCAAGGAUGUUAGGCGUCCUUAUGCUGUUCAUUGGAAAGCAACAUCUCCGCCAAGCAUAUUAGCCUACGAAAAGACAGAUUCAAUGUUUACCUGUGAAAACUGUCUCGAUUACUGUUCUUCUUAUCUCUAUCCCGUUUUCAGUCUUAUGGGCGCCGCAAUGACCACUUCUCCCCGUGCCGUCCGAGAACGUCGGGUUCCAUCUUUGGGUGGCUAUGACGGUAAUGACGAUCAUGAUCGUAAUCAUAUCAUUACACUUUUCAUCGGAUGCUUCAGUGGCAUGGUUUUUGGAGGAAUACAUUGUCUAGGCUGGAAUAAUUUGUUUCAGGGGCACACAGAGCAGAUACUAUGGCGUGCGGCUUCCCUUGUGAUACUAUCCGCACCGGUGUCUAUUCUUUUGUCGUUUAGCUAUGCCAUCUGGGGGGAGUUCUCGGAUGUUGGCACAGCUAUCGCAAUUGCCGCUGUACGCGCCAGCCUUUUCAUAUAUAUUGUUGCACGCAUUACACUAGUCGUACUUUUAUUGAUGAGCUUACGAUCGCUGCCUCCUGGUGUAUACGAUACAGUGGCUUGGACCAAGCUUGUUCCCCAUUUGUAG